UUGCUUGUGAUGGAUGCUGGCACAGUACGCGUUUUGGUAGCCGCGCUUGGCGACGAUGAACAUGCUGACUUGAAUCAUGUGGCGAUAUUGUUGGCGCGACGUAUUUCGGAGCUUCCUCAUGUGAGUUCCGUUCUUGUCUUCGAGGAUUCCCUUUUUGAGGUGUUGCAAGACCUUUUAGAAUUUCGACACGCGUCAACACAGUUGACAAAACAUAUUCUCCAUCUCUUUGUCAACCUCUCUGGCCAUCCCAAGCUUCAUUUCAAACUUGCGAGGUCACGACGUCUUGUGUUCUUUGCGAUUGAGACCAUUCUCCUUGUACUGAACACGGAUAUUGUUGAACAGGCUUCAAGAAAAAUGCACCGCGUGAUGAAAUCUGUUCCCUCACCUUUGGGCGAGCCCCACGUAAUUUCGACAAAGCGAAAAGCUUUACCCUUUGCUCCUGCGCUCUCUAAAUAUGUUGGAUGUGCAUUGAGGCACGUGUCUACGGCUGUGCCUUGUGCAAUGAUUAUAGCGAAUCUCCUCUCAUUUCCCGAGAAUAGAGCAUCAAUUUUUUCUUUGUAUCCGGAUCUUGUGCGUGCACUGGAACUCUGUGACUCACAAAAAGUUUCAAUCCGAUUGUGGGAGGUGGCUCGCUGCGCGAUAGAUUACUUGCACGACGAUGAGGCGAUGUUGGAGACGCAAUUGCUGAUGCACUUCGAAUCUCCAACGGUGGACGAUGCGACCGUUAAAACAGGGAACUCUGCGUGA